UGCGGUAUGAUUAAAGACAGCAACGCCAGUACUCCGUACGGAGUACUCUUAACCUUUUCAACAUUUCCCUCGUUUUGACGGUCGACACUGUAUCGAAUGAUGUCUAGGGCCUCUGGACGCCACUGGUGCAUCCUCACAGCCGUCUGCACUCUAAUGUGGGGGGUUUACUUUAUAUACGACCUCCCGGCUUCGCUAUCAAUUUCAUUACAAGCACAUUUAGGUCUUUCCGACUCGAAAUACGCCUACCUCGUAUCCGCGCUGUAUACCGCAUACGCGGCUCCAAAUUCGAUCCUCCCCUUCUUCUCCGGACCCCUCGUGCAACGCUUCGGCGAGAAAUUCGCUCUUUUGCUGACACUCACGAGUGUGGUUCUCGGGCAGUUAGUAUUUGUAUUUGCCGUCCAUAUACGGUUCCAGUCGGGAAUGAUCCUAGGCCGGUUCUUGCUCGGGCUUGGGGCUGAGAUUAUGGGGGUAUUGGGAACUGAGGUUACUACGCGGUGGUUUAGAGAUAAGCGCCUCUCGCUGGCAUUGGCGAUGAAUCUCGCAUCGUGGAGACUAGGCAGUGUUACCAAUUCGAUUCUCGUUCCGCGGCUGGCCAAGGUCCAUGGUGUUGUUGCUGCGGGGUGGAUGGGCACCGUACUCGCGCUUGGAGUAUCGAUUCUGAGCGCGACUUACCUGAUGUCUAUCAAGGACUCUGUGAGUUCAGUAACUGGCGACCACGGUGGCGAAGGAGAGGUAGAAGAAAGAGAACGAGACAUCGGCAUUCCCGCCUCGUUCUCCAAAUAUCCUUGGAUAUUCUGGCAGCUCGGACUCAUCUGCAUGCUGGGAUAUGGAAGCAUCAACACAUUUACAAAUUCGGCACAGCGGUUCCUCGCAUUUACAUUCUAUGGUGGGGAUCAGCGCGCUGCUGGUUCGGCGACAAGUAUUCCAUACAUUUUAUCAAGUGUUUUGGUUCCUCCGUUGGGCCUUUUACUGGAUCUACCAUUAUUCAAUCACUAUCCCGCUGCUCUAAUCAUUACUAGCUUGCUUAUGUUCCUUGCGCAUCUAAUAUUCCUGAUCAGUCCCGGCAUUGGCCCAAUUCCUCCACUGUGCUUACUGGGAAUUGCGUAUGCACUUUUUGGGGUUGCAUUCUGGACCAGUCUCACACGAUGCCUUAUCUUUGUGGGCAAAACUCGCUCUGCUGCAAAACACAGAGGGAUACUGCAAGAUGCGCCCGAGGGGUGUUAUGGAACGGUUGACUCCGAUGAUGCGAAUCAAGACACCGAUGACUCCGAAAACCAUCAGGAAGUGAUUACGUUUGGAUUCGGGGUCAAUACGAGUCUCAUGAACAUGGCCACCGGGGCUGUCCCAAUUCUCCUCGCUGGUGCCGAAAAUUUUGCUGGAUAUGCAGGUUUAGAAAUGGUGUUUCUUGCGCUUGCGGGUCUUGGGUGUCUGGCUUCGGUGCAGUUGGCGUGGAUGUGGAAUGGUGUUUAGAUUUUAGUCUGUAGAAUUGAUAUACAUAGAGAUUACCAGGUCAAUUUUCAGCGGCAGACAUGCUUUUCUGUGC